AUGAAUGCUGCCUAUGAACAUAUCAGACAGACAGGGGCCCAAAUCAGAACAACUGCCAGAGAAUUUGGGGUACCUGAAGCAUCCCUGAGGCACAGGCUGUGCGGCAGAGUGAAUCCGGAAAGUGUACAUUCGGGUCCACAACCGAUGUUUUCCAACGAGGGGGAAGCCCAUCUUGUGGAACACAUCAAGACCAUGGCAGAGUGUGGAUAUGGCUAUGGGCGGGCUGAAGUUGUGACCAUGGCCUCGGAGUAUGCUGUUUACCUAGAAAAACGGGACCAAGCCCAUCCUCUAUCAAUGAAAUGGUUCCGUGGCUUUAUGUCAAGGUGGACGGAACUUAAAGUUUUGAAACCUCGUGGUCUUGAAUUACAACGGGCCAAGUCGAUCAACAUGGCGUCAGUGACCAGAUAUUAUACUGAACUAGGGUCUAUUCUGGAUAAGUAUUGUUUGAAGGACAAACCAGAAAGAGUCUACAAUAUAGAUGAGAAGGGCCUGUCCACGUCACAUACUCCACCAUCAGUAGUUACCACUGAGACCAAAGUUCCAGCCGUAACAUCUGGUUCCAGAACACUCAUCACUGUGAUUGGCUGUGACAACGCAUUGGGGUAUAGUGUGCCACCAUAUUUUGUUUUUCCAGGGGCCAGAAUGCGUUCGGAAUUAUUGAAAGGAGGUUGCAUUGGUGCUGAUGGAACUGUGUCUGAAUCUGGCUGGAGCAAUAGCAGCGUGUUUCGCAAAUAUAUUGCAGAACACCUUAUGAAGUACUUACCUGAACGUUCCCCAGACAAACCUGUUCUCCUGCUGCAUGAUGGCCACAAGUCUCAUAUAAACCUUGGCUUAAUUGACUGGGCAAGAGAACAUAACGUGAUUUUGUUCAUACUGCCUGCUCACACCAGCCACGUGCUACAACCGUUAGAUGUGGGAUGCUUUGGACCUUUCGAACGAAUCUACAACUCUGUGUGCCAUCAGUUCAUGGGAGAAAACUGUGGGAAGAGUAUAACUCGCUACAACGUUUGUAAUCUGGGUUGUCAGGCAUAUGCAAAGGCACUCUCUGCUAGCAACCUACAAGCAUCCUUCCGAAAAACAGGCAUACACCCCUACAAUCCAUCAGUUGUUGAUGCAUCCCACUUCAAGCCUUCAGAGGUCCUACAUUCAAGCCCUGCGAUGCCAGCACCACAGAGUGACGCUCAACCCACUGCUAAGGAAUUCUUUAACGGCAAAGUAGCUGUACCCAAGCCAAAUGACAGCAAAACCAUAAAAAGGAAGUAUCUCAGCACUAUAGUCAGUGGUAGGGCAAUCACUGAAGAUUCAGUUCUUGAAAAAGUGAGGGACCAUGAGCAGUCUAAGCACAAGAAAAAAAUCUGCAACCCAGCAAGACCAUCAAACUGGACCAUCUGGAUCAGCAAGUAA